UCAUUCAAAACCUUUCUUUUUCUACAACAUAUAUACACAAGAACCAGAACAAAACCCUAAUAAUCCUCAUCAGUAUUUCUCACGAUAUAAACCCUCUCAUUCCUCUCACAACCCUCACAAACUCUCUCUCUCUCAAGAUCUACUUCUUGUUCACAAGCGCUCAAAAUAUUCACAACAAUAACAAGCUCUCUUCAUCAAAACUAUUUCUUUAUACUAUUUUGUUGCUUUUGAUCUAACCCUUUGUUUCACAGGCUUUGAUUCUUUGAUUUCUUUAAUUUCUAACUGUUACUAAUAGUAUCUUUUUGUAGGGUUUUGUGUUCUCUCUCUCUCUCUCUCUCUCUCUCUCUGUUUUUUCUUUUUUGUCUGUAUAUAUAUUGUUGUUGUUUGUGCUAGAGUUAUGGACUCAGGAUCAAAUUCUUCUUCAUCAAAGAAAAAGAGUUCCAAAGAAAACUUGGAUAGAUUUAUUCCAAACCGAUCAGCAAUUAAUUUUGAUUAUGCGCACUCUAUGCUGAAUGAAGGGAGGAAAGGCAAAGAGAACCCACCUGCAAGCUCACCCUACAGGAAGCAUCUGGCAGAGGCCCUCAACAUGACCGGGACUCGAAUUCUCCCUUUCAAGAACAAGCCCCCUGCUCUCUCCUCUUCUCAGCAGCAGGAUAAGCCCACCAAGCCCAAGCGAAGCAUUCCUCAGACUUCUGAGAGGACAUUAGAUGCCCCUGACCUUGUGGACGAUUACUACUUAAAUUUACUGGAUUGGGGAAGCUGCAAUGUUCUUGCAAUUGCUCUUGGAAAUACAGUUUAUCUUUGGGAUGCUUCUAAUGGUUCUACUUCAGAACUUGUCACUGUUGAUGAAGGAAAAGGCCCGAUUACAAGUGUUAGCUGGGCUCCUGAUGGCCAGCACAUUGCCAUUGGCUUGAACAACUCAGAAGUACAGUUGUGGGAUUUAACAUCUAAGGAACAGCCAAGAACUUUGCCAGGAGGCCACACAUUGAGAGUUGGAUCACUGGCAUGGAACGACAAUCAUCACAUCCUUACCACUGGAGGAAUGGACAGUCUGAUCAUUAACCAUGAUGUAAGAGUCGGAUCACAUAUUGUCGAAACCUACAGAGGUCAUAAGCAAGAGGUUUGCGGGCUGAAAUGGUCACGCUCAGGCCAGAAAUUGGCAAGUAGAGGAAAUGAUAAUCUACUAUUCAUAUGGGACAAAUCAAGGACAUCUUCAAAUUCACCAACGCAAUGGGCUCACAGGCUCGAAGAUCACACAUCUGCAGUGAAAGCUCUUGCUUGGUGUCCUUUCGAGAGCAAUUUGCUAGCCUCUGGUGGAGGUAGAGAUGGUAAAUGCAUAAAGUUUUGGAAUACUCAUACUGGUGCAUGCUUGAAUUCUGUGGACACUGGCUCUCAGGUUUGUUCAUUAUUGUGGAACAAGAAUGAGAGAGAGCUGCUCAGCUCUCAUGGGUCUACUCAGAACCAGCUUACUCUCUGGGAAUAUCCAUCAAUGGUGAAGAUGGCCGAGCUCACUGGUCAUACUUCCAGAGUUCUGUUUAUGGCUCAGAGCCCAGAUGGUUGCACAGUGGCAUCAGCAGCAGCAGAUGAAAAAAUUAAAUUCUGGAAUGUCUUUGGAGACCCCCAAGCUGCAAAACGUGCUCCAAAAGCAAACCCCGAGCCCUUUUCCCAGGUUAUCCGAUAGUGAAACUACUCAACAACGGGACAAUGCAAAACGCCAAUCCGAAUUAAAUUUUACUUUUGUUUGUUUGUUUGUUUGAAGAAAGAUAGUGAUGUAAAGUUCUACUUUUUUGCUGAAUGUGUAAGGAUAGUAAUAUACUUGGUAUUAUGUUUAAA